CGCCAGCAGGGGCUGAUCAAAUGACCUUGAGAUUUCAAUUCCCACCAGGAAAAUCCAUGGCUGUGAUUGGCUGCUGUGUAUUUUAGUAUGCUAUUUUCUUAACUGUCUCAAGGACGUUGUUAUGUUGUAUAAAUAAACGAGAGUUGUAUGCUUGAUUGUACUGGGAUUGCUGGGUGCUUGUAGAAUAUACUUUCUACGCUUACCAAGACUUCUGUUUUACCGUUUGGAUUCAAGGUAGCCUUCCUGGAAGCUGGUAGAAGUAUCGUUCGCGUUUAUCGACUAAGGUAAACUCGUAAUAGCAUCAAGCAUCCUAAGUGACGAACAUAUCAGUGGCGACGGGGUAAAAACCAUAUCCACAAAACAUAUCAGUGGCGACGGGGCUCACAAUUCACUAUGUCAAUUAACCUUGAACAGUUAGAAUCUUUACUGGAACGUCAAGGUAAACGAUAUGAACAGUUGCAGGAACGUAUGUUGGAGCUGUUAAGGAAACAAAUGAAUUUGAACCCACGAGAUUGUUCGUUUUCUGAGACUGUUCAGACGUUAAGCCAACACUUUGGAGACAACUCGUCACUAUUUAAUACUCGUUAUCGAUGUUUGAAGCUUAUUAUGAACGAAGAUGAUGAUUUUCUUACGCACGUGGGCAUCGUCAACCGUGAAUGCGAACGCUUUCGGUUGAAGUCCUUGUCGGAAGACCAGUUCAAAGCCCUCAUUCUCAUCUGCAGCCUCCAGUCGAGUAAGUUCAGUGACAUUAGAACAAGGCUACUAAGUCGGUUGGAGCAAGAUCCAAAGCUUACGCUUAAUGAUAUGGCUCAUGAGUACCAACGUCUCACUGACCUACAACGAGACUCGACUAUAGUUCAGAGUGGUAGUUCAAGCCGAUCUGAAAUUCAUUUGGUACAGCAGCCACCUAAUCAUUAUAAGUCUGCCCAUGCUACACCCAGUUCACCCCGCUCCAAUUCAGCCCAAAAACCCAAAAUGAAUCCACCUUCUGCUUGCUGGCACUGCGGUUCAUGGCACUAUGUACGGAACUGCCCAUUUAGGCAGCAUAGAUGCAGGAAGUGUAAAGUCAUCGGUCAUAAAGAUGGCUUUUGCCUACAGAAAAAUCCAAAGCGAUCCAGAAGUGCUAAGAAGCCUGUUCCUAGAUCCAGUACCAAUGCAUUGAGCCUAAUAUCUUCCUGCCAAAGCUCAUCACCAGAAUGCAAAUAGAUACUGCAUCUGAUGUCACUAUCCUCUCACGCAAAAAUUGGACCAAGUUGGGCAGCCCAAGCCUGCAGCACACAACACAAAAGCCUCGUACAGCAUGUGGUAAUAAUCUUCGUCUGUUAGGACAAUUGGAAUGUAAAGUUGCUUUCCGAGAUUCGUCGUUUACUGGGGUAUGCUAUAUAACGCCAGCUGAUCUAAAUUUACUUGGUUUAGAUUGGUUCGACCAGCUAAAAUUGGCUGAUGUCCCGCUAAAUACCAUAUGCAACCUGGUAUCACAACGACAUGACCCAGAAGCGUAUACGAAGAACCACGCAGAAUGUUAUCUGACAACCGCAGUUCGCGCAUUACCGGUGUCUGCAACAGA